AUGUCCUCCCAGUUAGGCCCUAGCAUUGAACAAAUCCUCCGAAUGAGACAGGAACGAAUCCAGCGAACCCCGAAAUGUGCUCGUUGCAGGAAUCAUGGAGCUGUAAGCGCAUUGAAGGGUCAUAAAAGGUUUUGCAAAUGGAAGGAUUGCAUGUGUGCGAAAUGUACGCUCAUUGCGGAGAGGCAACGAGUCAUGGCUGCACAGGUAGCCCUCCGUCGACAACAGAGUCAAGAAGAAAAGGAGGCCAAAGAUUUAGAGAUGCUGCUCGGUGUGAGUAAUGCUGAAAUCCUCGAGAUCAUUCGUCGGAGUGACUCUUCGUCAAGCACUGGAGAUGGGAAUUCGAAUGAGCAUGAUACGCAAAUCGAUGACUCUAACUGCAGUGGGAAUCACGAUGAAUGGGUUGAUGAGAAAGGAAAUCAAGAGGAAGAUAAUGAUGAAGAGGAGACCCCCGAAGAGACACCCAUACAGCUACAAGUCGAGAAAUCGGUGAAGAGGCGCAAAAUGAAGAUUCCACUCAUUGACAUCGAUCCGAUUGAGGGUAAUGGGGUGAAUGAGGAUGAAGAGGUCAUCAUCACACCGACAACACCGCUCACAAGUGAACAGUCAUCUCCACCCACCCCUUUCCCACCGAUGUCUCCAUUUUUGUUAGCUGGUGGUCCGUCCCUUCAAUUCCCCUUCCCAUUCCUCGCUAAUUCAAUGUUCUAUCGGCCGAAUGCGAUGACACGAUUUCCGAAUGUCACCUCGGGGUACCCAUUCGCGCUUGGCGCUCCACCGAUGAUGGCGAGCGCGCCGGUCUCUCCAAUGUUGGCCAUUCCACCGCCACAGCCCUCCUCGAUCUUCUCCCCAUCGAAUUGUCUCACACAAACGGCUCCUCUAGACUUCAGACAGCGAAAAAACACCGAU